GCUGCCAGGCAGGCUGCUGGCGUGCUCCUACUGGCUGCUGCCGUGUUGGAUUGAAUCGAGCCGAGGAGGUGCUAGUGCUGCAUAGCUGCAGCCUGCAGGGGCCACGGGCCACGGCCAGCGCCCAGCACACCAGAUUUUAGAAUGUCAAAAAGAACUAUACAAUCACACUUUUCAAGUUCAAGUGCUUCAACUCCACACACUAAUGAGAGCACAUCUGAACCAAAGAAAUCUAGAGUGGAGUUUAGUCAUUCAGAUUUAAUUGGGGACCCUGGAAAGCGCAAACCAAUUGAUGAUUAUCAGCCUGAAAUUAGAGAUCAAGUAAAGAGGGCAUAUGCUUUGAAUGGACCAACUCAACCUCGUGAUAUCAUAUUUCCUCGUAACUGGAUGAGUGGUGAAUUUAGAUCUUUUCAGAAGACUUGGUAUGAUGAGUUUGAUUGGCUAGAGUAUAGUGAGUACAAGGAUGCAACUUAUUGCUUGUAUUGCUAUCUUUUCUUUAAUUCGGCAAAGCCUGAAAAGUUUGGUAGUUCGGUCUUUGCACAUCAAGGUUAUGUGAAUUGAAAAAAAGCUAAGAAUACUUUUAAUAACCACAAUGUUUGCAAGACUCAUGUAGAAGCUAGGCUAAAGUGUGAAGACUUUAUGAACCAAAAGACAAAUGUGGGUAGAAAAUUAGUUCAAAUUAGCAAGGAGGAAGAAAAGUGUUAUGAGAUUCAAUUGACAGCUUCCUUAGGUGUUGCAAGAUUUCUCAUAAUGCAAGGGGAUGCUUUCCGUGGACAUGAUGAGUCUUCUACUUCCCUUAACAAGGGUACAUACAGAGAAAUGAUUGAUUGGUACAAAGAUAAGGUUGAGAUAGUGAAGGAGGUAUAUGAAAAAUGUUCUAAAAAUUGCCAAAUGUUAUCUCCUGAUAUACAGAAGGAUCUUACAAAAGCUUGUGCAGAAGAAGUCACGAGUGUCAUCAUAGAUGAGAUUCGGGGUAAAAAAUUCUCAGUGCUUAUUGAUGAGUCUCGAGAUGUAUCAAUAAAGGAGCAAAUGACAGUGAUUCUAAGGUUUGUGAAUGAUGAAGGGAAAGCGAUGGAGAGAUUUCUUGGACUUCAGCAUGUUCAGAGUUGCACAGCUAUUGCAUUGAAAGAAGGUUUGGUCCGUAUGCUUUCAAGUCAUAAUUUGUCAAUCUCUAUGCUUCGUGGGCAAGGGUAUGAUGGAGCUUCUAAUAUGAGAGGUGAAUUUAAUGGGGUGCAGAAGUUGAUUCGUGAUGAGAAUCCUUAUGCUUUCUAUGGGCAUUGUUUUGCCCAUCAAUUGCAACUAGUGGUUGUUAAUGUUUCAACAUCUAGUGCAGAUAUUGCAGAUUUCUUUAACUAUGUUCCUUUAAUAGUCAACAAUGUGGGUGCAUCUUGUAUGAGAAAGGAUACUUUACUUGCAAAGCAUCAUGAUGUGUUGCUAGAAAAGAUUAAGAAUGGUGAGAUUAUGACCGGAAGAGGUUUAAACUAG